AUGUAUGCAAAUGCGCUUCUGAGGCUGCCGGUGUACAGCGCCGCACAGAUAAAGACAGAGGAUAUCGGCGACUCGUCCCACCUGAGCUCCUCUCUGAAGACAUGUCACAUGACGCACAGUUCUUCCAUGCACGGCGCACACAUGACUGGGGACCUGACGUCUCUACACAACAUGCAGCCGCUUGUCCUGAUGCCGCCGUCCCACUUAUCAUCUACAUCCCCUUUCCUGCUCUCCCAGAAUCCCCCCAGCCACCAAGCUCUUCUGCAACAGAACAUGAUGUCGCUUCCCGGGCAGAAUCCAAGCGGGCUACUGCAGCAUCAGCACAGCUUGGCUUUGACCCCGCAGGCAAUAAGUCGUUCGGCCCUGGCGGGCCCGCCGAUGGACAGCCUCAUGGACGUUUCCCACCUGCAGAUGGCCAAACACAUAGUGCCCCCGCCUCAGGAAGAGCCCAGCGACCUGGAGGAGCUGGAACAGUUUGCCAAAACCUUCAAACAAAGACGCAUCAAACUGGGCUUCACGCAGGGUGACGUGGGCCUAGCCAUGGGCAAGCUGUACGGCAACGACUUCAGCCAGACGACUAUCUCUCGCUUUGAGGCGCUUAACUUGAGCUUCAAGAAUAUGUGCAAGCUCAAACCUCUGCUGGAGAAGUGGCUGAGUGAUGCAGAAAACUCUCCUUCGGACUGCCUGAGCAGUAGCACGUCCCUGCCGCCGCUGAUGGAAGGCUACGGCCGCAAGCGCAAAAAGAGGACCAGCAUUGACAGCAACAUCAAGUUAACACUAGAGAAGCGCUUCCUCGACAACCCUAAACCCAACUCAGAGGAGAUCACCAUGAUCUCAGAGCAACUAGCCAUGGAGAAGGAGGUGAUCCGGGUUUGGUUCUGCAACCGGCGCCAGAAGGAGAAGAGGAUUUACUGCCCGGUGACCAGUUUACCUGUCAAGACGCAGAGCUACAACUCCAGGAUGGCUGCCGCGGUGUCCAGAUCAUACAGCCCGCUGGCUUCAGGAGCAGUUUCAUCCAAUUCGUCUCCGAACUGCAUGAGUCGCGAUGUUUCUCCCGACAGCAUGUCCGUGUCCACGCCGCCUUUAACGUCUCAAGUCAACCCAGCGAUGUCUUACGGACCUCCGGGGUCGUGGCCCCGCGCUUGGAAUUCAACAGCAUACCUCCACUGA